AUGAAUGCUCGUGAUUUUCGCGUCCUUUUCUUAUACGAGUGGAAAAGUGGUAAAAAUGCAUCGACAGCUGCUCGAAAUAUCAACGCUGCAUUUGGCAAUGAUGCAGUAAAUGAACGUACAGUUCGUCGAUGGUAUCAGAAAUUUGAAGCCGGCGAUGAAAGCCUUGAAAGUGAACCUCGUGGAAGGCCAGAGAUGAGCAUUAACAAUGACCAUUUGAAACUCGCUGUUGAAGAAAAUCCUCGAACAACGGUUAGAGAACUUGCCCAAAAAUUUGACGUAAGUGCCAUGACAAUUUCACGCCACUUGGGUUCAAUUGGUAAAAAAAAGAAGUUGGAUAAAUGGGUACCGCACGAAUUGACCGAUUGGCAGAAGUUUUGUCGUUACGAAAUAUGCAAUUCGUUACUGAUUCGGAACCAAAAUGAUCCGUUUUUGGAUCGCAUUGUCACAUGUGACGAAAAAUGGAUUCUAUACGACAACAGACGACGUUCUGCACAAUGGCUAGAUACAGAUGAACAGCCACGACAUAUGCCGAAACCUGCUCUACAACCACAAAAGAUAAUGCUCACGGUUUUGUGGUCAAUGGCCGGUGUAAUCCAUUAUAGUUUUUUAAACCCUGGAGAAACCAUAACAGCCGAAAAGUAUUGCACCGAAAUCGAUAAAAUGCACGAAAAAUUGAGAGAAAAAUCAGCGAUAAUCAUCAACCGAAAGGGGCCAAUUUUGCUGCAUCACAAUGCUCGACCGCACGUGGCACAGAUGACGAUGCACAAGCUGCGUGUUUUCACCAACAGAUUUUCAUUUUUUUAA